AUGACGACUAGGAACGGGCAAAUCAAGAAUUUCACUUCGAAUUCCGGACCUCAACAUCCUGCUGCUCAUGGUGUUUCACGAUCAGUAUUGGAAAUGAACGGAGAAGUGGUGGAACGUGCGGAACCACAUAUUGGAUCACUCCAUAGAGGGACUGAGAAAUUAAUCGAGUACAAAACUUAUCUUCAAGCUUUACCUUAUUUUGAUCGUUUAGACUAUGUUUCUACGAUGGCCCAAGAACACGCUCAUUCUUCAGCCGUAGAGAGACUUUUGAAUUGUGAGGUACCAUUACGAGCUCAAUAUAUAAGAGUGUUAUUCUGUGAAAUAACUCGAAUUUCAAAUCAUUCACUUGCUUCAACUACUCAUGCUAUGGAUGUGGGAGCAUCAACUCCGUUCCUUUGGGCUUUUGAGGAGCGGGAGAAAUUGUUGGAAUUCUAUGAAAGAGUCCCGGGAGCCAGGAUGCAUGCCAGUUUCAUACGACCUGGUGGAGUGGCACAAGAUCUGCCUCUUGGCUUAUGUCGAGAUAUUGAUUCCUCCACACAACAAUUUGCUUCUCGUAUCGACGAAUUAGAAGAGAUGUCAACCGGCAACCGUAUCUGGAAACAACGAUUAGUGGAUAUUGGUACUGUCACUGCACAGCAAGCAAAGGAUUGGGGAUUCAGUGGUGUAAUGUUAAGAGGUCCUGGGGUAUGCUGGGAUUCGCGAAGAGCAGCACCUUACGAUGUUCAUGACCAAUCGGAUCUUGACGUACCAGUAGGUACCAGAGGAGAUCGCUAUGAUCGUUACUGUAUCCGUAUUGAAGAGAUGCGACAAAGUGUUCGGAUCAUUGUGCAAUGUCCUAAUCAAAUGCCUAGUGGCAUGAUCAAAGCCGAUGAUCGUAAGCUAUGUCCUCCAUCACGAUCUCGAAUGAAACUAUCCAUGGAAUCCUCAAUUCACCAUUUCGAACUUUAUACAGAAGGUUUUUCCGUACCAGCUCCUUCUACCUAUACCGCAGUUGAAGCACCUAAAGGUGAAUUUGGUGUCUUUCUUGUCAGUAAUGGGAGUAAUCGUCCCUACCGUUGUAAAAUAAGAGCACCUGGCUUUGCCCAUUCACAAGGACUCGAUUCUAUGUCCAAACAUCACAUGCCAGCAGAUGUAGUCACCAUCAUAGGUACUCAAGAUAUUGUGUUUGGAGAGGUAGAUAGAUAG